AUGAUAAAAUUAUAUAUUAUUCUAAAUUCAUUAAUUGUAUUGGUCUUAAACCAAUAAAUCUGUCCAGAAGAUGAAUAUAGUUUCAAAAAUGAAUGCAUACCAAAAUCAUGUUAAUAAUACAUUGAAAAAAUUACAUCAAAAAAGAAACCAAGUGGAAAAAGAUUUGUAUAAUUAGAUAUGAAUGGAAAAGUGAUUAAGUAAUAAGAGAACUAUAGAAUUGAAAUUGAAUUCAAUGAUGAACUUGUUGGAGUAUUUAAUAGAGAUAAUAAUUAAUCUUGUAUAACAGAUCAAUUAUAUCGUCAUGAAAUGAAUUAUGUACAUGAAAUUAAGGAUGAUACAAAUAUUGUUAGUACAUAUGUUUAAAACAAGAGGAAAUGGAAUUUCUUGAUUAAGUAUUGAUGUAAUUAAUAUUUAGGGAUUUAACUAAUAAGUUGUAUAAGGAUAAAUAAUCAGAUAAAUCAAUAUAUAAUGGAUUUUACACAAUAAAUUAUUUUGUGAAAAAUUAUGUAAUUUUGUCAUAUAUGUUUGAUUUUCAAAUUGUGCUUGAUAAUAAUUAAAAUUUGAUUGAGACUCAUUUUAAUGAUUAAUUGUUAGAUGAUUAGGUUUCAUGUAAUAUUUUUGGAACAUGUGUAUAAAAAGUAUAUACAGAAAUAUCAUUUUGCAAUGAUUCAAAUUGUUUAGAAGUAGCAAUUGAACCUAAUAUUACAUUAAAUAAUCCAAUAUAUUUGUUAAGUGAGAUAAAGGAAGAGGGAUUUGAAGAUUGGUAUACACAUGACUAUGAAUUAACAUUUUAUAGCUAUCAAUUAGUUAAAAAAUUUAAACCAGUUUUUGAAUAGCAUUUGCCUGGAAAAACAAUAUUUAAAUUACUUGUUCCAUUUAUAGCAGAUAAAGGUUCUUUAUAUGUGUCAUCUAAAUUAACAAAAAAUAUUUAUUGGAGAAGAGUAUUAGAAAAUGAGAUUGGAACUUCUUUAGCUAUUAGUAUUUAUUAAGAAGCACCAUGUAUUAAAAUGAAUCAAGAAGAUUAAUGUCCAAAUGAAGAAUAAAUAGAUAAAUUUAAUUAAUUGGAUUGUGGGAGUAUUGAUAUUUUGUAUUGCGAUGGAAUAGAUAUAUUCAAUGCUAUGAUGCUUAUAUUAAUUUUAAUGAUAAUUUGA